UACAUUUCAGUCUGAUAUAUGUGUGUCCUCUAGACAUUUAAUGUGUUUUCAACAAUGUUUGAAAUUAUGACUAGUUUUUAAGCCUGCUGGUCGCUCUACAAAUCGAAUGCUGAGUUCCUCCCGUCGGAAUGGGCACUAACAUCUCAAGACUUUCCAGAAGGUUUGAAUUUCAAAAAUUUGUGUCAAGAGUAGCUAGAGGCUUUCAGUGUCUGUGUUAUCGGUUUUUAUCAUUAUUUGGAUACAAGAAAAAAAUCAAAGAAAUGGAAUGUAGUUCAUCAAGAGCUGACAUGGCAGAACCUACCAUUCGGACUUUUCUUCUUAAUGAUGGAGAACAUCUUGAAACUUCCGUCUUCCGCCUGGAUAAAGGUUCGUGGAUAGAGUUGCGUCUCGGUCCGACGUUGUUUGGCCGUAAAGUCACAGUCUACACCAAUCUGCCGGAGGAAGGGAAGCCAUUCUCUCGUAAGCAAUACCGAAAGUUAGACUGGACAAGUGGCACGGCAGACGAUACAACCAAGUACUGUCGUCUGCUGCUCUGUGCACCAGGGUCCUACCAUUACUACUUCCACUACAAUGACAGUGAUACUCGACGAGGUUCUGGUUAUUUCCUGGUGGAGCCGACACUCAAUGCUGGUGGAGAAGACAUCACUCUCGACUGUGUACAAUGUGUUACCUACAUUGCCAAGCUGCUGGGACCACUAGACACAUGGGAGGCCAAGCUGAGAGUGGCCAAGGAGACUGGGUACAACAUGGUACACUUCACACCUAUACAGGAACUCGGAGGGUCAAAUUCUGCCUACAGUCUACAGAACCAACUUGCUCUCAACCCCACGUUUGCUGUCAAUGGACACACACCUGACAUCAAUGAGCUCCAGAAUCUGAUAGAAAAGAUCAGGAAUGAGUGGAAGAUGUUGAGCAUCUGUGACAUCGUGUUGAACCACACGGCCAAUGAGAGUCCGUGGUUGAGAGAACAUCCAGAGUGUACAUACAAUCUACAGAACUGUCCUCACCUUCGGCCGGCUUACCUGCUGGACUUGACUCUGUACAAGUUCAGCCUAGAGGUCUCCAAGGGAUUGUGGGAGUUCUCUGGGGUCCCGGCCGAGGUCAACUGCGAUGAACAUCUACAGGCUAUUCGCCACGCGUUAUUUGGCACAGUUCUUCCCAGAGUGAAGAUCCCCGAGCUUUACUUGCUGAACGUCCACGCUCUAGUAGAAGAGUUUCAAGCGAAGGCUCGUAACAGGGUCCCACCGUUACCUACCGCGGCACCUCCCGACUACAGCCAGCUCAAGUUGGUACAAGACCCUCAGUAUAGGAGGCUGCACACAACUGUGGACUUGGAACUGGCUCUGCGGCUGUAUAAUGUGUACAGGAGCGACUGUUUUGACGAGGACACAAGACUCCGGCGUUGUGCUGAAGACUUCAAAAAGAAAUUGGAGGAGUUAAAUGGCGCAGUCUAUCAACAGGUACAGGCACAUCUAGUUGCUGCAGUAGAAAACUCCAUUGCAGGUAUUCGCUAUUUCCGAGUACAAGCUGAUGGACCUAGGGUACCAGUGGUGUCUGCUAAAGACCCCCUUGUCCCAAGGUAUUUCACAGACGCAGACGACAGCCUGAAUGAAGACGUGAUGUACUCAGGGAACGCUUGCUAUGUUAUGGCUCACAACGGCUGGGUGAUGAAUGCCGAUCCGCUCUCUAACUUUGCAAGUUCGGAGUCCAACGUGUACUUGAGGAGGGAACUGAUAGCGUGGGGCGACAGCGUCAAACUCAGGUACGGUGACAAGCCAGAAGAUUGUCCAUUCCUGUGGCAGCACAUGCAAGCGUAUGUGGAACAAACAGCUCGAGUGUUUGAUGGAGUUCGCUUGGACAACUGUCACUCUACUCCACUUGUAGUUGCUGAGUAUUUGAUUGACGCUGCCAGAAAAGUAAGACCAAACCUGUUUGUGGCUGCGGAACUUUUCACAAAUUCUGACCAAACUGACAACAUUUUUGUUAACAGACUGGGAAUCACAUCUUUGAUACGAGAGGCAAUGUCCGCCUGGGACAGUCAUGAGCUGGGUAGGUUGGUCUACAGGUAUGGCGGGGCCCCAGUAGGUGCCUUCACCCCCCGCCAGGACCGUCCCCUGGCCCCCACCGUGGCUCAUGCUCUCUUCCUGGACCUCACCCAUGACAACCAGAGCCCUGUAGACAAGAGGAGUGUGUUUGAUCUGUUACCAAGUGCUGCAUUGGUCGCUAUGGCUUGUUGUGCUUCCGGCAGCAAUAUGGGCUAUGAUCAGUUGGUGCCGCAUCAUAUUCACGUUGUUGAGGAGUCAAGAGAAUACAUGAGGUGGGGCGAAGGUGAAGUAAACAUCAACUCAGGAAUCGUGGCUGGGAAAAGAGCUCUGAACAAUCUACACUACAGACUCGGCAAAGAAGGCUACAGUCAGGUGUUCGUAGACCAGGUGACCGAGGACGUGGUGUGUGUGACUCGACACUGCCCUGCGACCCGUGAGACUGUCGUACUGGUCGCCUUCACGGCCUUCUCCCAUCCUCCAGCAGACAAGACUGCCGAGGGGCGAGGGGUCACUGUGUCUGGCAACGUUGACUCGGUCAUCCUGGAGGCGUCUUUGUCCCACAAGUCUACGGACAAGUACAGCAGACCGACACAGUUUGAGAAAGACCUGAAGAAGAUCAACGGAUUGACAGAGUAUGUACUCAACAUCAGAGAGAACAUGAAGCCUAACGAGGUUGCCAUGGUGGAACUGACUCCUACUAGUGAUGGUGGGACUCGGCUCAACUUUACCGCAAGGUUCAAGCCCGGCUGUAUAGUGGCAAUCAAGGUUGUGCCACAGCCGAAUGUGAGACCUGCACUACAAAAGCUGUCCUUAGUACCAGACAUGCAACACGUAGUGGCCAGUCUUACAUUGGCUGACAUAAACCGAGUGUUGUACAAGUGUGAGAGAGAAGACGCAGCCUAUGAGAUACCAGGGUUCGGCAAACUUGUCUACUGCGGACUACAAGGAACCGUUUCUCUUUUGGAUGAGAUAACUCCAAAGAAUGAUCUUGGUCAUCCGCUGUGUGCCAAUAUACGUGACGGACUGUGGCUACGUGACUACACAGUCACAAGACUUGUACGUGACCCGGGCACUAAACAGCUGGGAGAGUUUCUACAACAGAGGUUGGCACCUCUAGAGGACAUUCCACACUUCCUAAGGCCUGCGUAUUUUGAUCUCGUCAUCACUCAAGCUUACAAUGCUGUUGUCAAGAAAGCUGAAUCUCUCAUGUCAAAGUUUGUCUCUGAAGGAUCAGCGUUCACCAAGGUUCUAGCCCUAGGCAGUGUACAGUGUGGAGGGGUUCAAGAUGAUGCUCCCCUACCACCCUUGUCUACCAAUCUGGCCCCCCCUACUCCUCCUACUCGUACUCUGUCUAGCGGAGAGACCAAACAGGCCUGCGUCACACUUUCUGCUGGUCUGCCACAUUUUUCAUCUGGCUACAUGCGCAACUGGGGCCGAGAUACUUUCAUUGCUUUGCCAGGACUGUUCCUACUCACUGGCAGAUACGACGAAGCUAGGUUUAUUAUACUGUCGUAUGGCGGAUGUUUACGUCACGGAUUGAUCCCCAAUCUGCUGGACGGAGGCGCAAAUCCUCGUUACAACUGCCGAGACGCUGUGUGGUGGUGGCUGUAUAGUAUACAGUGUUACGUAAACUCCGCCCCUAACGGAGCAGCCAUCUUGAAGGAUGUAGUUAACAGAAUCUUCCCCAGCGACGACUCUGAGCCUACUUAUGUUGACCAACCGUUGCAUGAUGUGAUUCAAGAAGCGAUGCAAGUUCACUUCCAAGGUCUUUGCUACAGAGAACGCAACGCAGGGACAAAAAUUGAUGCUCAUAUGACUCACCAGGGGUUCAAUGUUCAGAUCGGUGUUCAUCCUAAAACAGGAUUUGUGUUUGGCGGGAACGAGUGGAAUUGCGGAACAUGGAUGGACAAGAUGGGGUCUAGCGACACUGCUGGCAACCGAGGGAAACCCGCAACUCCUCGGGAUGGCUCGGCUGUCGAGUUGGUAGGCCUGUGCAAGGCUGCGGUGAGAUUCCUGGCUCAGCAGAACAGAUUGGGCAACUUCCCGUACAGCGGCGUCACUAGGACCAACAAGGACGGAAGUCAGACUACGUGGAGGUAUGAGGAGUGGGAAGCUAGGAUCGCACACAACUUUGAAGCUCACUUCUGGAUAAACUCCGCCCCCGUUCAGGGCGAGGAACGCCCCGACCUGAUCAACCAACGGGGAAUAUACAAAGAUUGUUACGGAGCCACACAACCGUGGACUGACUACCAGUUGAGGCCUAACUUCCCUGUAGCUAUGGUGGUGGCGCCAGAGAUGUUCACCCCAGCCAAUGCCUGGCAAGCGCUUAAAACAGCUGAGGAACACCUGCUGGGACCUCUGGGCAUGAAGACUCUGGACCCAAGUGACUGGGCAUACAGAGGCGACUAUGACAACGACAACCAAAGCAGCGACGCUACCGUGGCACACGGCUUCAACUACCACCAGGGGCCGGAGUGGGUAUGGCCCGUCGGGUUUUUCCUGCGCGCACGUCUCCACUUUGCUGAGGCCCAAGGUGGCGCUGGGCUGCUGGCUAGGACUGUUUCACAUACUCACACAUUGCUGUCUCGUCACUACAGUCACAUACAUAGCUCAACCUGGCGAGGACUGCCUGAACUGACCAAUAGUGACGGAGCUUUCUGCAAGGGUAGCUGUCCUACGCAGGCGUGGAGCAUGGGCUGCGUGCUGGAGGUCGUGGAAAAGCUGCAAACACUGGAGCAAUCUCUGCAGAACUGACCGGAGCCUCGCCCCAGGGUCAGGGUUAGCUGGGGGCCGAAGGGGCGAAAGGACCCUGGGCAAAGGCUGGCUCAGUCGAACGUCCGAGUUUACCGAUUUCCUCCUCAUACAGGAAGUCUGGAAGAGUUUCCGGUAGAAGUUGAUUUAAGACCGAUGAAACCAAAAGACAAGAUCAAACGUGUGAUUCGACUCUUCCUCGCUUUCUGGCUGGGCUGUUUUCUGUUAAUGACUGCGGCUUACUAUGCCUUGUUUUUUACUUAGAUAGGUUAUGACUGUUAUAAGUAUGGUUUUGUUUGGUGGAUUAAUCAGUUUUAAAGUAGUAUGAAUUUUUUUUUAACUUAAAUAAUAUUUUUUUUUAUUUAAAACGUGACAUUAAAUUAAAUAAAUUUGUGAAAAGUCAACAAUAAUAGUUCUUUUAAGUAUAUAUAAAUUUGUUAGUUGUAAUAGAAAAUUAUGUAUAUUAACGAACUUGUAUCCACCAAACCGUUUCUUAAUCCAUGUGUUCUUGUUGUGCCAUGUCAUUUAGUGUAUAGUAAGUUUGUCUUUAACAAUAUUUAAAGUGUAAGAUUACCAGAGUUUUAAUAGAAUUUAGCUAUUUAUGGCAUAAAAUAUAAAAAUGUCUUUCAACAUAAAGCCAUCAUAUAAAUUUAAAAUAUUUUCUUAAAUCCAUUGUUUUUAUUCUAGUUGAAUUGUUACAUGUUUUAUCAAUUUUACGUCUAUAAACCUUUAUUUUUCGAAUUAUAUUUGUAUGAUAUUAGUGUCUUACACAAAAUGUUAAUGUUAAAAGGCUUUAAUUAUUAUUUGUUAAAUCUUUGUUAAAUAUUAGUAUAGUUUGUUAUGUUAUUUUACAGAACCCAAAAAAACAAUAAAUUGCUUUAAUGUAAGUAAGUUCAAUCACAGCUUUGUGAGAUAACAAAUUUAACUUUUAAAGUUUCAAUUUGAAAUAUUUAGACUUUUUGAGUUUAUAUCUUGAUAUUAUUUGUCUAUUUUUAGAAUUUUUUGGUGAAAAUAUACUCCUUUCCAAAGCUAGCCCUCCAAACUUAAUUUAGUAAAAUAUCUUACGUUUUGCUUAACAAAUUGAAUGCACAUUUCAGUGACAUACCUUUUGUAUGGAUUUGCAACAAAGUUUUACGAAUAAUUUGAGGUAAAGAGAAAGGAUGCUUUAUAAGGCCCUGAGGUAAUUUAACUAAGUGUUGUAUUUUUAUUCUUUGAUAUAUUUAAAGAAAUUUUAGCAAUUUGUCAGUGCCUUAAACCUAUGAUGUGUUCACUUGUAAAAGUUAACUUGUAGAAAUAUAGCGUUUUAUUCUUUUUCAUAGUUA